AUGGAGGGUUCCGCCACCACCAACGACGUGGCCAUGGUGGAAAUCCCCAUCGCCGAAGCGACGCAGAUAUGUGUGACGGCGCUCGAAAAGGCCGGAUACUCGACGAGCGACGCCGAGACCAUCACCGACCACCUGGUCGACGCGGAGCUCAGGGGCGCGCCGUUCGCCGGCCUGGCUCGCGCACUGAGCAUCAUCGAUCGGCUCCGGGAAUCUGGACCCGGACCAGGACCAGGAUCAGGGUCGGGAUCAGGGCCGGGGUCAAGAUCAAGAUGGGAUUCUGCAACUCCCCAAUCCUCCACCGACAUCGAGGUUGUCAGCGAUGGCGCCUCGUUCGUCCGGCUCGACGGCCACGACGCCGUCGGCUACCUGGUAGCACGCCGGGCCACGGAGCUGGCGAUCGAAAAGGCCAAAACGUCGGGCGUCGCCGUCGUGGGCGCCAACAACUUCUGGUACAGCGGCAAUCUGGCGUACUAUGCCGAGCAGGCGACGCGGCAGGACCUGGUGUGCAUCCUGGCGUCCAACACGCUGCCGCUGGUCGCGCCCGAAGGUGCCGUCGAGGCCAGGUUCGGCACCAACCCGAUUUGCAUUGGCUUUCCGACGUCGCGCGUCGAUCGGCCUGUGAUUUGGGACAUUGGGACCAGCAACAUCAUGCAUGCGCAGAUGAUGCGGGCGCAGAGAUUGGGCAUUGACUUGCCCGAGGGGGCUGCGUAUAGUAAGGAGGGAGAUUUGACCACCGAUCCAGCAGCCGCUCUCGAAGGAGCAUUGACAGUCUGGGGCGGACACAAAGGAAGCGGCCUAGCAGUGAUGGUGCAGCUCCUCGGCAUGGCCGCAGGGAGCAGCGCGAUCCCAUCGACGCUGAGCGGCUUCGGCUACCUAGCGCUGAUGUUCGACCCAGCUGUGCUGCGCCCGAUCGAGGAGGUGAAAGGGGAAGCUGACGAGUACGGCGAGUUCCAUCGCUCAGCGCGCACGGCGGACGGCGAACAUGGCGGCGUGCGCAUGCCGUUCGACGGCAGCUAUGAGCGCCGCAAAGCCACCACGGAGCGGGGGUCGCUAAACGUUCCGGCAAAGGUGAUUGACCAGCUGCGGCAGAUAGGGGUGCAGAACUAA